CAUAUGUGACUUCAACAAGCAUGGAUGGCCCCGUUGAGGUCAAGUCGACCAGAUUGCAUAGUGAGGCAUAGAUCUCUGAGUACCUGCCCAGUGGCCAGCAAAUUUCGCAGAAUGCACCAAAGCUAGAGUCGCAGGCAGCACGAAAUGCCGAGUAAAGAGCAGGCCGCUUAUCUGCUCCUCCUCUUGAUGCUCAAGAAUCCUGGCGCGUUCACAAGGUAGUCAACCACUGCCUAUACACACACAACCAGUCCAGAGCAUGCCUCGGCGCAAGAAAACAAACAUGAUUACCGGAGUAAUCUUCGCAAGUUCGAAGCCUCUAGGUUUCAUCCAGGAUAUGGACCGAUGCUACUUCAUACUAGAUCCCAACACAGCCAUCCCAAACACCCCAUGCAAGUGCCAACCCUCCCACACCCUGACUCGAUACUCUAAACCAAAGGAUAAUCUCUUUCCCACCCUACCUCCAUCUACAGCAAGCCAAGAAGAUACCAUUCAUUCCUGCCUCCGUCUCUCCUACGUCAUCUUCAUCCCCGCCAGCGCCGAAGAGAAACAAAGGGGUUCAACCCUCCACCACCAAGUACAGAGUAUAUCCGAGGCCAACCACAGCAUAGACCCGAAUCCCAUCCUCCAACAAAUCACCACCGCUCAUGCACAUCAUUCCAUCCAAGAAGAAGUAAGAGGGUUGAACAAGUUGAACCCCUUCGCAUCCGAGAUAAACCCAUCUCCUCAAUGCUCCUCGCAUCCGAGCGAACCCAUUCACGCAUCCGAAGGUUGAACCCUUCGGCCGAAGUACCGGCUCGUAGUAUAGACGUAUAGCACAAGAUGGAGGGAGGAGGCAGAGGAUCAUACGGUGUUUCUCCUUGGAUUGUUCGGCGCGUUUACCCCAGGUCUCCGAGCUUUUCGAUGGAUCAGCCAUUCAAGGCCGUCCAGCCUUGUUUCCCCUUAAUCGACCAUGAUGGCCAGAUCAAGGAUUUGGUUGGCCUCUUGGCUUU